AUGUCAUCUACUGUCGCCCAGAAACCUCAAUUAACAGGUAAGUUGAUAACAACUAUCGCUGUAAUAUGUUUAGGUUCGCUUCAAUUCGGUUAUCAUAUGGCCGAAUUGAAUUCGCCAGAAUCUAUUAUAUCUUGUCAAAUGUCCAAACCAGGUAAAGUUCCUUAUGAAGAGUCAUUGUUCGGUAGCCAUAAUUUUUCUAAGUGCAUUCCAUUGAGUCCAGAAAACGUAGGUCUAGUUACCUCAAUAUUCAGUAUUGGUGGAUUAAUCGGUUCGUUUUACAUUGGGUCCUUUGCCGAUAAGCUUGGAAGAAAAAAGACGUCAUUGAUACACUGCAGUAUCUAUUUCUUGGGGUCUAUGCUAAAUGGAUUAAGUAAUAGCUAUUACAUGUUAUUAGUGGGAAGAUUUAUAGCAGGAUUGGGCGCUGGCGCCGCUCUAGUAACAACUCCCAUUUUUAUCAAUGAAAUAGCUCCUUCUGAUUAUAGAGGGUUCUUGGGAUCAAUGAACCAAGUAUCUGUAAAUAUCGGAAUAUUAUUCACCCAAUUGUUGGCAUUGGUUUGGUGUGACGAUAAUAACUGGAGAUUAUUAUUGAUCAUGGGGGCUGUGAUUGCUCUUGUUAACUUUCUACUUAUCGCCGUCUACGUGGACGAAUCUCCAAUGUGGUUGUUGAAUAAAGGGUUUAGUGGUAGAGCUGCAACUGUUUUACAUAAAUUAAGAGGUGGCGAUUACGUCCAAUCUAGAAAUGAAGUCCAUAGAUGGAGAAAUCCAGGUGAGAGCAGUUCUGUUGAAAAUGACACACUCUUAGACACUUCCGAUAGCGACAUCAAUGAGGAAACGACCCCUUCGAGAGAUUCAUCGGUUUCUCUUGAAGCUUACAUGAAAUCAUCUGAAUACCGUAAUUCUAAGAUAGUUGCGACAGGUAUCUUGAUUUUCCAACAAUUCUGCGGUAUAAACUCAAUUAUAUUCUACGGAGUAUCGGUGCUUGUUGCAAUAUUUCCCAAACAUGCAAUAUUCAUUAACUGUCUCAUCUCGGUGGUUAACGUAGUUGUCACUUUUGGUGCUGCACCACUUACGGAUAAAUUGGGCCGUAAACCGCUUCUAUUGACGUCUGUAUCGGUUAUGGGGCUCCUGACAAUCAUAAUGGGUAUAGGAAUCAUCUCCAGCAGCUCGAUUUUCUCGAUCGUAGGUACGUUUUCCUACAUCACAUUUUUCGCUGUUGGAUUGGGACCAAUCCCAUUCCUUCUUGUAAGCGAAGUCACUCAACCAAAGGCCAAAGCCCUGGCCCAGAGUUGGGGUACCACUAUGAACUGGCUUGCCACUUUCAUUGUCGGUUUCUUAUUUCCAAUUUUGAAGAAUUCAUGGAUAGGUGGCGGCGUAUACUUUAUAUUCACCCUUAUGUGUGCUGUAUCAUUUGUCUUCAUCAAGUACUGGAUUCCAGAGACAAAAGGUGCAAAUUCAUACGAGGAGGUCUGGGGAUUACCAAUCAGAACAGAUUAG